AUGGCGAUGACGUCCAGAGGGCGGGGAGGGGCGGGGCUAUGGAGAGGAGGAGGAAGAUGGCGGGCGGGCUGCUCUGAAGAGACCUCGGCGGCGGCGGAGGAGGAGAGAAGCGCAGCGCCGCGCCGCGCCGGGGCCCAUGUGGGGAGGAGUCGGAGUCGCUGUUGCCGCCGCCGCCUGUAGCUGCUGGACCCGAGUGGGAGUGAGGGGGAAACGGCAGGAUGAAGUUCGCCGAGCACCUCUCCGCGCACAUCACUCCCGAGUGGAGGAAGCAAUACAUCCAGUAUGAGGCUUUCAAGGAUAUGCUGUAUUCAGCUCAGGACCAGGCACCUUCUGUGGAAGUUACAGAUGAGGACACAGUAAAGAGGUAUUUUGCCAAGUUUGAAGAGAAGUUUUUCCAAACCUGUGAAAAAGAACUUGCCAAAAUCAACACAUUUUAUUCAGAGAAGCUCGCAGAGGCUCAGCGCAGGUUUGCUACACUUCAGAACGAGCUUCAGUCAUCGCUGGAUGCACAGAAAGAAAGCACUGGUGUUACUACGCUGCGACAACGCAGAAAGCCAGUCUUCCACUUGUCCCAUGAGGAACGUGUCCAACAUAGAAAUAUUAAAGACCUUAAACUGGCCUUCAGCGAGUUCUACCUCAGUCUAAUCCUGCUGCAGAACUAUCAGAAUCUGAAUUUUACAGGGUUUCGAAAAAUCCUGAAAAAGCAUGACAAGAUCCUGGAAACAUCUCGUGGAGCAGAUUGGCGAGUGGCUCACGUAGAAGUGGCCCCAUUUUAUACAUGCAAGAAAAUCAACCAGCUUAUCUCUGAAACUGAGGCUGUAGUGACCAAUGAACUUGAAGAUGGUGACAGACAAAAGGCUAUGAAGCGUUUACGUGUCCCCCCUUUGGGAGCUGCUCAGCCUGCACCAGCAUGGACUACUUUUAGAGUUGGCCUAUUUUGUGGAAUAUUCAUUGUACUGAAUAUUACCCUUGUGCUUGCCGCUGUAUUUAAACUUGAAACAGAUAGAAGUAUAUGGCCCUUGAUAAGAAUCUAUCGGGGUGGCUUUCUUCUGAUUGAAUUCCUUUUUCUACUGGGCAUCAACACGUAUGGUUGGAGACAGGCUGGAGUAAACCAUGUACUCAUCUUUGAACUUAAUCCGAGAAGCAAUUUGUCUCAUCAACAUCUCUUUGAGAUUGCUGGAUUCCUCGGGAUAUUGUGGUGUCUGAGCCUUCUGGCAUGCUUCUUUGCUCCAAUUAGUGUCAUCCCCACAUAUGUGUAUCCACUUGCCCUUUAUGGAUUUAUGGUUUUCUUCCUUAUCAACCCCACCAAAACUUUCUACUAUAAAUCCCGGUUUUGGCUGCUUAAACUGCUGUUUCGAGUAUUUACAGCCCCCUUCCAUAAGGUAGGCUUUGCUGAUUUCUGGCUGGCGGAUCAGCUGAACAGCCUGUCAGUGAUACUGAUGGACCUGGAAUAUAUGAUCUGCUUCUACAGUUUGGAGCUCAAAUGGGAUGAAAGUAAGGGCCUGUUGCCAAAUAAUUCAGAAGAAUCAGGAAUUUGCCACAAAUAUACAUAUGGUGUGCGGGCCAUUGUUCAGUGCAUUCCUGCUUGGCUUCGCUUCAUCCAGUGCCUGCGCCGAUAUCGAGACACAAAAAGGGCCUUUCCUCAUUUAGUUAAUGCUGGCAAAUACUCCACAACUUUCUUCAUGGUGACGUUUGCAGCCCUUUACAGCACUCACAAAGAACGAGGUCACUCGGACACUAUGGUGUUCUUUUACCUGUGGAUUGUCUUUUAUAUCAUCAGUUCCUGCUAUACCCUCAUCUGGGAUCUCAAGAUGGACUGGGGUCUCUUCGAUAAGAAUGCUGGAGAGAACACUUUCCUCCGGGAAGAGAUUGUAUACCCCCAAAAAGCCUACUACUACUGUGCCAUAAUAGAGGAUGUGAUUCUGCGCUUUGCUUGGACUAUCCAAAUCUCGAUUACCUCUACAACUUUGUUGCCUCAUUCUGGGGACAUCAUUGCUACUGUCUUUGCCCCACUUGAGGUUUUCCGGCGAUUUGUGUGGAACUUCUUCCGCCUGGAGAAUGAACAUCUGAAUAACUGUGGUGAAUUCCGUGCUGUGCGGGACAUCUCUGUGGCCCCCCUGAACGCAGAUGAUCAGACUCUCCUAGAACAGAUGAUGGACCAGGAUGAUGGGGUACGAAACCGCCAGAAGAAUCGGUCAUGGAAGUACAACCAGAGCAUAUCCCUGCGCCGGCCUCGCCUCGCUUCUCAAUCCAAGGCUCGUGACACUAAGGUAUUGAUAGAAGACACAGAUGAUGAAGCUAACACUUGAAUUUUCUGAAGUCUAGCUUAACGUCUUUGGUUUUCCUACUCUACAAUCCUUUCCUCGACCAACGCAACCUCUAGUACCUUUCCAGCCGAAAACAGGAGAAAACACAUAACACAUUUUCCGAGCUCUUCCGGAUCGGAUCCUAUGGACUCCAAACAAGCUCACUGUGUUUCUUUUCUUUUCUUCUGGUUUAAUUUUAAUUUUCUAUUUUUAAAACAAAUAUUUACUUCAUUUGCCAAUCAGAGGAUGUUUUAAGAAACAAAACAUAGUAUCUUAUGGAUUGUUUACAAUCACAAGGACAUAGAUACCUAUCAGGAUGAAGAACAGGCAUUGCAAGGACCCUCUGAUGGGACGGUACUGAGAUAUCUCGGCUUCCGCUCGGCCCGGUUUUGACUGGUUGAAACCGGACAUUGGUUUUUAAAUUUUUUGUCAGUUUAUGUGGAGAAUUUUUUUCUUUCCUUCAUACCCAGCGCAAAGGCACUGGCCGCACUUGCAGGAAAAGUGCAACUUAAAGCAGUACCUUCAUUCAUGAAGCUACUUUUUAAUUUGAUGUAACUUUUCUUAUUUUGGGAAGGGUUGCUGGGUGGGUGGGAAAUAUGAUGUAUUUGUUACACAUAGUUUUCGCAUUAUUUAUGAAACUUAACCAUACAGAAUGAUAUAACUCCUGUGCAAUGAAGGUGAUAACAGUAAAAGAAGGCAGGGGAAACUUACGUUGGAUGACAUUUAUGAGGGUCAGUCCCACAUACCUCUUUCAGGAGACAACUUGCACCAGUUUGACCUUUUCUUUUCUUUGUUUUUAUUUUAAGCCAAAGUUUCAUUGCUAACUUCUUAAGUUGCUGCUGCUUUAGAGUCCUGAGCAUAUCUCUCGUAACAAGGAAUCCCACACUUCACACCACCGGCUGAAUUUCAUGGAAGAGGUUCUGAUAAUUUUUUUAACUUUUUAAGGAACAGAUGUGGAAUACACUGGCCCAUAUUUCAACCUUAACAGCUGAAGCUAUGCCUUAUUAUGCAUCCACAUGUAUGGUCCCUGUAGCGUGACCUUUACUAGCUCUGAAUCAGAAGACAGAGCUAUUUCAGAGGCUCUGUGUGCCCUCACUAGAUAGUUUUUCUUCUGGGUUCAACCACUUUAGCCAGAAUUUGAUCAAAUUAAAAGUCUGUCAUGGGGAAACUAUAUUUUUGAGCGCAUGGAACAAGUUAUACUUCCUCGUUCAUAUUAUGUUGAUACAAAAGACCUUGGCAGCCAUUUCUCCCAGCAGUUUUAAAGGAUGAACAUUGGAUUUCAUGCCAUCCCAUAGAAAACCUGUUUUAAAAUUUUGGGGAUCUAAACUUGGUCAUACAUGAAAAGUACACUGCUUAGAAAUUAUAGACUAUUAUGAUCUGUCCACAGUGCCCAUUGUCACUUCUUUGUCUCAUUGCUUCCCUUUGUUCCUUAGUCAUCCAAAUAAGCCUGAAAACCAUAAGAGAUAUUACUUUAUUGAAUAUGGUUGGCAUUAAAUUUAGCAUUUCAUUAUCUAACAAAAUUAAUAUAAAUUCCAGGACAUGGUAAAAUGUGUUUUAAUAACCCCCAGACCCAGAUGAAAAUUCCAAAGUCAAUACCAGCAGAUUCAUGAAAGUAAAUUUAGUCCUAUAAUUUUCAGCUUAAUUAUAAACAAAGGAACAAAUAAGUGGAAGGGCAGCUGUUACCAUUCGCUUAGUCAAAACAUUCGGUUACUGCCCUUUAAUACACUCCUAUCAUCAGCACUUCCACCAUGUAUUACAAGUCUUGACCCAUCCCUGUCGUAACUCCAGUAAAAGUUACUGUUACUAGAAAAUUUUUAUCCAUUAACUGACAAAUAGUUUCUUUUUAAAGUAGUUUCUUCCAUCUUUAUUCUGACUAGCUUCCAAAAUGUGUUCCCUUUUUGAAUCGAGGUUUUUUUGUUUUGUUUUGUUUUCUGAAAAAAUCAUACAACUUUGUGCUUCUGUUGCUUUUUUGUGUUUUGUUAAGCAUGUCCCUUGGCCCAAAUGGAAGAGGAAAUGUUUAAUGCUUUUUAGUUUAAAUAAAUUGAAUCAUUUAUAAUAAUCAGUGUUAACAAUUUAGUGACCCUUGGUAGGUUAAAGGUUGCAUUAUUUAUACUUGAGAUUUUUUUCCCCUAACUAUUCUGUUUUUUGUACUUUAAAACUAUGGGGGAAAUAUCACUGGUCUGUCAAGAAACAGCAGUAAUUAUUACUGAGUUAAAUUGAAACGUCCAGUGGACCAGGCAUUUCUUAUAUAAAUAAAAUUGGUGGUACUAAUGUG